AUGAAUGAAUCUCGUAAUGGAGUACGAAACUGUGGCUCACAUGAUAGUUUUCGUGAGUUAGGAAGCCAGAGUUCGCCUAGGUGGAAGGGGGAGACGGUGGACUUUGAUGAUAGAUACAGAUCGGGAGGCGAGUUUUGGACUGGUUUGCACACGUCAGCAGACACCUGCAUUGACUUUAAAUGGGACGGCGGAGUCACGGCUAGUUGGCUCCGAUGGGACUCAAAUUCUGGGGAACCGAACAAGUGUAAUACCGAAAAGUGUGUCCGGCUGUUUCAGAGCAGAAUGAGAACGAAGGAAUGCAAAGUCACAUAUCCUUUUAUGUGCCAAGCCGUAGAAGAGGAACCAACUAUUGCCUCAACAACGAAUUCUCCAACUGAAACCGAAACAGCCAUUGCUUCAACACCGAAUUAUCCGACGGAAACAGAAACAUCGGCUAUUCCUUCAACGGAGAUUCCGUCAACUGAAGUCAAAAAAACAACCACUGUUUCAACGACGGGUUCUCCGACUGAAACAGAAAUUACCACUGUUUCAACGACGGGUUCUCCGACUGAAACAGAAAUUACCACUGUUUCAACGACGGGUUCUCCGACUGAAACAGUAACAACGACUGUCCCUUCAACCGAGAUUCCGUCAACUGAAGACAAAGAAACACAAACCAUGUUGACUGAUGAAUCUACAACUAUCACUUCCGGUGUGGUUGGUGGAACUGGAUAUACCUCUUCCGGUUUGGUUGAAACUGGAGUCUCAACCGCUGUUGGCCUAGGAUAUGGAAACUGCCUCUGUGACGGUAAUCCGAUGAAUAAUUCCUAUCGGCUUCGCGGGAUUAUUCCGUCUUCCACUGCCCACAAAAACAGUCUGAUGAUGGCGGGGUACGUCCGAUCAUGCUCAGCGAGAAUUUAUUGGGGAAAUGGUACAUUAUCACUUAGCCAUGAAGAAAGACAGGCUUUGCUUAAUGCUUUAAAAGACCAACUGAAUGUAGCGAAGGACACCACCAGCUUAUACAGACGUGGGCGUAUCAGUGCCCCAGACAAUAGGCCCAGUGCUGUGUCCGUCGGCUCUUUGGGGAUCUGCCUCCUUGUCGGCUUCUUUGUGACAGUGCUGGCGACAGAUGCUACAACGUUAAACAGAUACUGGACAAACUUAAAAAGGAAUGUCAAUUGAAAAGCAAUCUUGACCCAUUUCAUGCAUAAAAAACUGUAUAAAUUCUUCAUAAUAUCAAAUCAAAAAUGUUAUUUUAAAAUAACCUUUUUAUAUUCCGUACCUGGAAAUAUCCGCUCACAGUAAGACUUAUUUGACUGUGUGGUAGUAUAUCUAUU